GGCUGCCCAAAAAACACUUCUCGAGUCAUAAUUUCUGUGAAGAGGAUGGGAGAGCUUGAUAUUAAGCCGUUUGAGGAGGCAUCCAAGAAAAAGUUUCCAGCUGAAGGGAAUGGGAAAGCAGCUCAGAGAAAACUUGCCGAUGAAAGGAACAUGAAAGCAAUUCAGUGGUGCUCACAGUGGGAUGACUAUCUUAGAGAUCCAAGCUGGCAUCCAUUCAAAAUUGUGACUGAUAAAGAAGGGAAUUCCAAGGAAAUUUUAGAUGAAAAUGAUGAAAAACUUAAAAGUUUGAGGGAUGAACUCGGAGACGAGGUGCAUGAUGCAGUAGCUACAGCUCUGAAGGAAUUAAAUGAAUACAAUCCUAGUGGCAGAUAUCCGGUACCUGAGCUCUGGAAUUUUAGGGAAGGAAGGAAGGCUUCGUUGAAAGAGGGUGUUGCCCAUUUGAUAAGGCAAUGGAAGUCGUCAAAGCAAAAGAAAGCUUGAAGCUUCAUGUGGGCAGUAAGACUUAAAAUUAGACUUACAUGCAGAAAAACUUUACUGCGUACUCGAAUGAUCAUUUGUGUCCCUUAUUUAGCUGGGUUUAAACUUUUAUCUUGAAUGAGACCAACUCCCAAAGGCCCAUUAUCAUCCCA